CCUGGUCACAGGGGGGCGUUGCAGACAGGUUUCUGUCCAUGGUACUGAAGGUUGAACUCGAACUGUCCACUCAAGUGUUUUCUUUCCAAGGCGCUGAAUUGGUCCGAGUGAUUGGGUCUUUUCUUGCUGGGCUGGCCGAGGGAUGGAGGCCAAGUUCUAAAGACACACUCGAGCGCUCCAUUAGACAUCGCUACGUGAAGCUGGCGAUGUCGACAAGGAGGGGGAGGGGAGGGCAUUAGUCUGAACCUAAGAUUAUCCCAUGUACAUGCGAAUGUAACACGCGUGUACUACUAAUGUCCAUCUGCUGUCCAGAUGAGCCAAGACACUACAGAGACACGAACACGAACACGUUCCAAAGGCAUUCGAGUUUUGUCAGAACUCUCAGGACAUGACAUGAAGCAUGAGCUGACUAGCAGUUGUCCAACGCCUGGGUGUGAUGGCAAAGGUCAUGUCAGUGGAAGAUACUCAAGGCAUAGAAGUGCACUGGGAUGUCCAACGGUGAAGAAGAGAAAGCUGGAGGAGGCAGAGGCUGAGGAGAACCAGUCUUCUCCCAAGAAGAAGGGUCAGUCCAGCUUAAUGGAGGCAGAAGAAGACUUAUCCAUAAACAAUGACGAGGAUGAGGAAGAAAAGGAUGAGAAAAAUGAGAAAGACGAGGAGGACCUCAAAGAGGAGAAAAAUUCAAACACCAGACCAGACUCAAUAAAAAAAAACAGCUGCCCAUUGAUCAAAGAAGACACAGCAGUUGCAGAAACAGUUGUUUGCGCUCCAACUAAGGAUGAGGAGAACAUCACCUUAGAGGUUGAGAAUGUAGUUGUGACUGAGGAAACUAGUAGGAGUGAGAAAUUGGCAAGAGAGGAACAACUGUCUGAUACCGAACAAGACAAAACAGACACAACACCAAAAAUUGAAGACAAGCAACAGACAGCAGAGCACCCUCAGAGAGACUUCGAGAGAACUGAGGUUGAACAUACAAAAGAGGAGGAAGAGGAGGAGGAAGCAGAAGAGCAGACUGAAAAAACAAAUGGUUUUGUAGGGGACAGGGAAGUGGAAAGACAGUCAAUAAGCCAGGAAAACUCUGAUCACCAGUACUCCACUGGACAUUACAUCCAUCAUCAAGUCAAUGAGUUAGCACAGGACCAGAGAAAGAACGAGGAGAAAGAGGAGGAAGAAGAUGAGAGGGUCCAAGAAGUUGAUACCCCUUACUCAAUGAGUCCACGCAGUCAAGGAUCUCAGGAGUCUCUUGAGACAGAAAAGGUCUGCACACCCACGACUGAGGAAGAGGCAUACGAAGCGCAGCAGGAGAGGGAAGAGGACGAGCGUCAGGAUGAAGCGGCCAAAGUGGAAGAGGUAGAGGUGGAGGAAGAAGAAGAAGAGGAAGAGGAGGAGGAGGAGGAGGAUGGUGUUGAGGACCAAAGCUCCAGCAAAUCCUCUCCGACCACAGUGGUAAUAGAGGUACGCUCUGAAGAGGAGGAGGAUGAUGAAGAAGAGGAUGAUGGCGAUGACCGUGACUGUAUCUCGGAUGGUUCGGGGAUCACCGACGAUUCUGAGAACUGGGAUAUGACCCGAGGGAACCUGGGGCUGUUGGAGCAGGCCAUCGCCUUGAAAGCUGGGGAGGGGAAGGCGGGACAGGAGGCCCAGAGUUCCCAAGACUACCAGUCGUACAGCAGCCCCAGUAAAAGCACAGAAGCAGCGAUUCGACGCAACGCCCAAUACAGUAAAGAGAAGAAGGAAGUAAAGUGUCCAACCCCUGGGUGUGAUGGGACAGGUCACGUGACGGGACUGUACCCUCACCAUCGGAGUCUAUCUGGAUGUCCUCAUAAGGAUAGAAUUCCUCCAGAGAUCCUGGCCAUGUAUGAGAACGUCUUGAAGUGUCCCACUCCUGGCUGCACAGGUCAAGGCCAUGUCAACAGUAACCGCAACACACACCGCAGUCUGUCGGGCUGCCCUAUUGCUGCAGCAACUAAAAUGAACAAAAACCAGGACAAGCAGGUCCAUCUACAGGCUGCAGUCAGCGAACCCACGUCCAACUCUGACAGGGUGCUCAGGCCCAUGUGUUUUGUGAAGCAGCUGGAGAUCCCUCAGUAUGGCAAUUAUGGUCCCAAUGCGGUCACCACCACACCGCGAGCAAACCUGGCCAAAGAGUUGGAGAAAUAUUCAAAGGUGUCUUUUGACUAUGCAAGCUUUGAUGUCCAGGUGUUUGGAAAGCGUAUGCUUGUUCCAAAGACAACCACCACCGAAACAUCACCCAAAGCCUUCAAAUCUAAAUCCUUCCCUAAGGCCUCUUCCCCAAGCGGAACAGGCUCAGGAGGUAUUUCGAACAGUACUUUGUCCUCCAAUGAGUACGACUGCAGUCAAGACGCCGAGGCGGCCCACAUGGCAGCAACGGCCAUCCUCAACCUGUCCACUCGCUGUUGGGAACGACCAGAGAGCCUUAGCGCCAAUCCCAGGGAGCCCUGCACCGAGGAGCCAGAUAUUGAAGUGGAUGAGAACGGCACCUUAGACCUUAGCAUAAAAAAAAACAAGCGAGAGAGCAUGCAAUCUCCGGAGCCUUCGUCUUCCUCGUCGUCGUCUUCUCAACACACGCUAGGUGUUUCAUCUCAGGGCCACACUCAGCCUGAGUGGGAGGGGCCACUCGACUUUACGAUAUCAAGUGGAGUAAAGGAGGAAGGCCACGAUGAGGUGGAUUAUACAGCUACCUCAUACACGUCUUCUGAUGUCGAGGAUGAGGACCAGGAGAACCUGGAGAACCUAGAGGAGAGGAAGUACCCUGGGGAAGUUACCACCAGCAGCUUCAAGGUCAAGUUUCAGCCUAAAGACAGUAAAAAGGAGAUCCUUGUAUGUCCCACUCCAGGCUGUGAUGGCAGUGGACACAUCACUGGCAACUACGCAUCACAUCGAAGUCUGUCAGGCUGUCCUCUUGCAGAUAAAUCACUACGGACACUCAUGGCUGCCCACACAGUUGAACUAAAGUGCCCGACUCCUGGCUGUGAUGGAUCAGGCCAUAUCACAGGAAACUAUGCCUCACAUAGAAGGUAUAAAAUGUUCUUCAGCUGUGUUUUUCUUGAUGUUUUAUCAGCUAAUGCCUCUGUGGUCUUAUCUACCAGUCUGUCUGGAUGCCCCAGAGCCAAGAAAGGUGGAGUCAAAUCAAACCCCACAAAGGACGACAAAGAUGAUUCUGAAUUAUUGAGGUGUCCCGUCCCUGGUUGUGACAGUCUUGGGCACAUCAGCGGGAAGUACGCCACCCACCGCAGUGCUUAUGGCUGUCCGCUGGCAGCGCGUCGACAGAAGGAGGGUCUUCUUAACGGCACUCCCUUCUCCUGGAAGACUUUCAAGAGCGAGGGUCCAACCUGUCCAACACCUGGCUGCGAUGGCUCGGGUCAUGCAAAUGGGAGUUUUCUGACACACCGGAGUUUGUCAGGUUGUCCCAGAGCACUCGCCAGUAAGAAGAAAGCCAAAUUCCCUGGAGACGAGUAUAUCACUGCCAAAUUCAGAGCGAGUGAUGUUCUGGAUAAUGAUGAGGAUAUCAAGCAACUCAAUGAGGAGAUUAACGAUCUGAACGAGUCGAAUUCAGAGAUGGAGGCCGACAUGGUGAACUUGCACACUCAGAUCUCUUCUAUGGAGAACAACCUGAAGAGCAUGGAGGAAGAGAACAAGCAAAUUGAAGAGAAAAAUGAGGCCUUGUUUUUGGAGUUGUCAGGCCUGAGUCAGGCUCUGAUCCAUAGCCUGGCCAACAUUCGUCUGCCAACCAUGCAGGAACCCUUGUCGGAGCAAAACUUUGACAGCUACGUGGAGACCCUCACUCACAUGUUCACCAAUAAGGACUGCUACCAGAACCCUGAGAACCGGGCUCUGCUCGAAUCCAUCAACCAGGCGGUCAAGGGAAUAGAGGCGUGAGAGAUCCCAGAAACAUGCGGACGUCCCCCCAGAGAUAGUGUUAGUGAAGGAAGCUUCUCAUUUGGAACAUUGCCAUCUGUUCUUUGUAUAUUUCUUUGUUCUCGUGUAUAGUUUUCCUGUUUGCAUGUUGCUUUAGGACAGUGAGAGUGGGAACACGCGAGAGGAUGAUGACACACUGCAGUCAAACUGCUACGGUGAUGACACUGAGGUGUGUAGCAAAACAUAUCCUACGUCCACUCUAUAAUGGUAGUAGUAUUCUGUAAGAUCAUAGUGACGUUCCACCUGCUGGACUAGUCUUUUCUAUAUUCCUUGGUACUAUUGCUGUGUAACUAUGUGUCAUUUGCAAAUAUUUGGUUCUUUAUGGAAUAUUUAUUGUUGUUGCGCGUAUUAUCAUGUUUGUCUACUAUUAUUUAUAAAAGUCCCUGUAAAGUGAAACUAAAAACACUAUAAAUUUAAGUGUGUUGUUAAAAAAAAAAACUGUCAAAUUUUAAUGAAUGAAAAAUACUUAUAUCGCAAAGUAAAUACAAUGAAGCUUUGAAAUUGCGAUAAAAAUCAAGCUCUUCCCUCAGCUCUAAGAUGUGGGCGUGUCCGUGUUAGCUGUCAGUCAAAUAUAUUAAUAUAUCCUCCAUCUUUCUAAUGCCUACAUUCCUAUAUGGUUGAGUGGCUGGAAAAUAUCCCACACGUCAUUGUGGGACUUUUCACUGCCACACCAAGUGGCACUAGCCAUCAGCUAGCUCGUGGUUUAACCCUUUCAUGCACCAAUAAUGAUAACCUGCAACCUGAUAAACUGUCCACUGUAGUAAUCGCUGUCCCUGAAAGGCGAUAAUGGAAAAUCAACAGUUUAUUAAGCCCAGCUACCUAACUGCAAGCUAUAGUGUUAGAAAUGACCCAAGCAAUUACAACGAAGUUUGCGUCGGAUGGGAAAACCUCGCAGUUCGUAUAAAAUAGGGGAGGUGCAAGACAUGCGUCACUGAGUGCCGUAUUUAGCCACGCCCAGAGAAGAAAAACCAGGAAAACUGAAAGGCUGGAAAAUAGUUUUUAAUUUUUGCACAUUUUCAGCAAUGAACUUAAAGCAUGCAUAAUGUGUUUACAAAUUGCUGAAUUCACUUUACAGGGUCUUUGAGUAUUUAUUCACUAUUUAUUUUUAACGUGUUACUUGAGAAGAUUUGAAACCAGGAGACAAAACUCAAGUAAACAUGAGAAGGGAAACAAUUUCCCCUGCACUGAUGAACAAAGGAAAUAUUUUAAGAUAUCAACUAUGAAUUGUUUUAUAAAGUUAUUUAUUUAAAACACUGCAAUCUUUUUACAGUAAAUGCAAACAUUUUGUAUAUGAAAGUUUUGAAAUAAUUUACUAAUGACUUUUAUUUAUUGAUUUAUUUUUUGGUGCUUGUUUUUAUGAUUUUAACGAUACAUGUGGUGGAGUACUUUGCAACUCACUAAGAAUAUUGAAGUGCACAGGUGUGUUGAUGAACAAAGUGACGUGUGGAAACAAAGUGACGGUGAAUAUUUAUUUAGUUAUGUCAAUGUGUGAUGAUGACCGUGUGGAUUCUCUUUGCUAGUUCUUCAAAUAAACGUUGACCAAUAUUUUGGA